AUGGCUGCCAAGGUGUCGCUAGCAGAAAAGUAUGCCCUCCGCCAAUCGCAGACUAGUCAUACUGCGAGACUGGACCUGGUUUCGCAAAAUAGCAUACGGUCAGACUCAAUCCUGGACCAGACUUCCAGACCCAGAGCCCCCCGUACACUGUUGGCAGAAAAAUAUGAGCUGCAGGCCCAUUCAAAAAACACCAUUUCCUCAGUGCCUGGCGCAUUUGGGCUGCCCAUCAAAAACUUGCUGGGAUCUCCCCUGGUCGCUAGCGAAAUUGCACCUCUGUUGUACAAAAGCUCAAGUUUACCAAGGAUUUUCACGCCAAAGCGCUUGUUUUCUAAAGGAAGCUCGCCUAGUUAUAAAGUGAGCAAAAGCCACACCACUGGUGCCCGCGUGGGCCAGCUCGCACGUCGAAUCACUGGAUUUCUAGCCUCAUUUGGCUCUGCGAAAGCCGCAAAGAAAUCUACUCCGGACAAUUCGGAAUUGACUCGGGAGCCUUCGGCAUUGGGGCGCUCUAUGGCUGAUUUGAUUGACCACCCAAGUUUGCACCUGUCUUUGCCGACGCACUUGGCAAAACCACCAUUGUUGUCUUCCAGGACCGACGAUAUCGACGAGGUCGAUUUGGCUAUACGCGAAAACAAACAUAAGCAGGAAAAGCAGAAGCUUCAGUGGCAACUUGAGCUUAAGCUGCAGUUGGCCCGUGAGAUCAAAGAUGACUAUGAGCGGAGACUCUAUCUCCAAAAGAGAGAUUUCGAGGCCCAGAUUCACGCGCUCAAAGAAGAAUCCGCCCUUUUGAAAGCAUCAAGUCAGUCAGCCGAGCCUGAGAAAAAACAGGCAGAGUUUUCUAGCCAAUACGGGUCUUUGGUUGAGAAACAGAAUCGCUUGGAAGCGGAGCUCGAGGAGCGCAGCAAGCGGCUUGCUGAAAAGGAAGCGUUGUUAAGCGUUCGUGAAAGCGAGUUUGACACACGACAGGAGGAGCUGGCUGACAGCCUCAAACGGAGCAUUGACCUGGAAAAGCCGGCGCAACAUUUCAUGGCGUACAGAGAUUUUACAGGCAGCGAAGAUAUUUUCUCUGGCGAUUGCGAUUGGCUCAAACCAAGGAAGUCCGUUUCGGACAAGAACGGAGAACCAGAAGCAGAUUCGCCAUUCAAUGCAUUCAGACUGAGAAGCACCGCCAACGAGGACAUCGCUUCAUUGUGCGACGACAUACAAAACGCAAUACAGGUGUUAGGCGAGUCUACCAUAUUGCCCGAGCGCGAGAAGGCGAAGAAGUUGCGGAAACUCCGGUAUUCUGUGGCGGAGUUGCAGGACGAGUCAAUUCUCCAAAAAUCCACCAAAAUCGCCAAGCUCUCGCAUAUCAAAGAGUUCUUUGGCGACUUUGAAGAGUGCCGAGCCGCCGACCCACAACAGGCAAAAAUACUCUACAGCGCGGCAAGACUAGAAGGAAUCCAAGUGUCGCUUGAAAUUACUCGAGAGUUUUAUGAAGGGAAGGAGCAAGCAAAAUCGCGCCAGGCGAAAAGAGCCAUGCGCCUGCUCAAAGCCUUGGGUCCACUCCAGGACUUGCUGACGCAUGAAGAGAUUAACAAGUACGUUGAUGCACUCACGCUGUACGCUGUGGCUCUUUUGCGUAAGCGUGAACUCAAACUAUCACACCGUGAAAUCAACAGAGCCAUGAGAGCUGCAGAGACAAUCAGUCAAAUAUUGAAGGUGGACUCAGAAAAUAGCACUGGAGAAUGUGGGUGA